AUGACACCAACCCAGAGCCAGCCGAGUCGGCGCACAUACCGCGGGUCCUGCCACUGCGGCGCCUUCAUCUACGAAAUCGACCUUCCCGAGCUGAGAACCGUCGUAGAAUGCGAUUGCAGCCUCUGUAGCCGCACGGGUAACCUAUACGUCCCGACAAGCGAGGAGGCCAACUUCAGAGUCGUCCAUGGAAAUGAAGAAGAAAACCUCAAGUCUUACACCUUCGGACCGGGGAGCAAGAUUCACAAGUUCUGUCCGAUAUGCGCAACGAGCAUGUUGUCGAGAAUGCCAAACGGCCCUCCGCACAUGAGAUUAGUGCUGAACGCCCGAGCCUUGCAAGAUAUUGACGUGGACCUCUUGGAACGGAAAUACAUCUUCAACUCCAAAGUUGGCGCCCCGUAUCAGCCUCCAGAGCACAAAGGGGACAUCCCGCGUGAUCUUGAGAGUAGCCGGCUAUACACUGGGAGCUGCCACUGCGGUGCCGUAACCGUGGCCCUCUCAAGCAAACCUCCGAAUGAGUUGGAUCAAGAGGAAGUUGUUGUCUGCAAUUGUCGUAUCUGUCAGAGGAACGCAUAUGUCUGGCUAUUUCCGAAGCCUGAAAACACGGUCCUCUCGGGAUCCGAAGACGAUAUUGGCAGCUAUACGUUCGCGGACGGUCUUGCGAGUAAAACAUUCUGCCGCACUUGCGGUGUUGGCACCAGAAUUCAGCCCCUUGGUGACAAGGUACUGGCACCGAGUGAAGACUCAUGCCGAGCAUAUUGGAGAGGCGGCGCAGCUCAUCCAGUGAAUGCGCGUGUCCUGCACGGGGUAGACGUGGGAAAGUUGAAGACGAUGGUUCAAGGGGCAGCAGUCACGCCGGUGUAA